GGCGCGGCCUUUUGAAGAAGAACUGUAGCUGGGGAGUCAUGGUGCUGCCGGGGCGCUCCGCCGCCGCGGAAGAGCGGCAGAGAAAGCUCCAGGAGUACCUAGCAGCCAAGGGAAAACUGAAGUGCCAAAACACCAAGCCUUAUCUAAAAGCCAAGAAUAAUUGCCCGAAUCCACCACCUUCUAAAUCUACUAUUAGACCUAAAAAGGAUGUUACCAACCAUGUUGCUUUGCCUGUCAAAGCUACAAGACCCAUCAGCAUUAAACAUCAGUCCAGACCUGCCAGUAUCACAGGGUCCCAGAGGCCAAAGUUGGAGCCACCAAAACUUCUGGGCAGAAAAAGGCUCACUUCAGAAUGUGUUUCUUCUAACCCAAACCGUAAGCCUUCCGGAAGUAGUCAACAACACCAUGAAUUUGGAUCAUCCACUACUGGAGAACUGUCAAGAAAAACCAUGGGGUCACUUAAUAUACAGGAAUUGAAAACUAAAAAGCAGCAGGUAACACAACAAGGAACUGCUAAGUGUACAGACUCUGUGGACAACACCCAUGUUGAAAAUGAAUCCCUGGGUAGCUGUGUAAAAGAGAUGAACAAAGAGAACUUGCCCCAAAUCUUACCAGACUCUGGGAGGAAGCCAAAUCCUGAAUUAGGCACCGUCAGUAAGCCAAAAACUAAUCAAACCAAGAGCAGUGUGGCUCCUACUGAAGAAGUCUUGGGCAAAAGGUCAGUGCACGGUGCUGUGCUGAGAGACAGAGCCAGCAGACAAUUCCUCGGAGACACACAGAUCAGGAUUCCACCAGAGGAGGCUCAGCAGCUCUCUAGAGGAAUAGAUCUUGCAAGACCAGGGGGAAAACCCCCAAAAAUAGUUUCCUCUCACUUUGUCCAGACACUUAACAGGACUCGAGCAUCAAAGAAAACAGUGGUUAAGGACAUAAAGAAUAUAAAGGUUAAUAGGGGUAAGUAUGAAAGACCAAAUGAAACUAAGUUACAGUCAUGCACUGUUACUGAACAGAAAGUAAAACAUAGCAAACCCAGCACAUACCCCAAAGUGCUUCAAAGAGGAUGUAACAACAGACAUCCAAACACAAAGCAAGAUCAUAAACCCACGCAAGCUUGUUGUAGACGUCGGACGUCAUAUGUACUGCAAAAAUCAAAAGCCAUAAGCCAAAGGCCUAAUUUGACAGUUGGCAGCUUUAACUCAGUCAUUCCAAGCACCCCUAGCAUAAGAGCAAAUGGAGCCAAAGGGAAUAAAUGCAACAACAGCUGUCAACAAAAAGCACGGACUUUGGACUCCAAGUUGAAAAGGGCUCUUCCCCAGAACUGUUUUCUAAACAAGACAGGUCCCAGAACUCAAGCUGGUGGCACAACCGUAAAUGGAAGAGGACUCCCAAAUGGGACCCAAACUAAUCCAAGUAAGAAGACCACAGCAGAGGAUCGAAGGAAACAGUUGGAAGAAUGGCAGAAAUCUAAGGGGAGGAUCUAUAAACGGCCUCCUAUGGAACUUAAAACAAAAAGAAAAAUAAUAGAGGAAAUGAAUAUUUCAUUCUGGAAGAGUAUGGAAAAAGAAGAGGAAGAAAAGAAAGCACAACUUGAACUAUCCAGUAAAAUUAACAACACUCUGACAGAAUGUCUGCAGCUCAUUGAAGGGGGUGUACAUUCUAAUGAAAUAGGCGCCAUUUUGUCCAGUAUUCCUGAGGCUGAAAAGUUUGCUCAGUUCUGGAUCUGCAAAGCCAAGUUGUUGGCAAGUAAAGGCACCUUUGAUGUCAUUGGGCUAUAUGAAGAGGCCAUUAGAAAUGGGGCCAGACCAAUACAAGAGUUGCGGAAAGUUGUCCUUAAUAUUUUGCAAGACCCAGACAGAACCACAGAAGGAAUUACCUCUGACUCUUUAGCUGCUGAAACUAAUAUAACAUCAAUAGAAAUGCUGGCCAAGAAGAUGGAGUCUGGGACGUCUUGUCUUUCUCCAAAAGAGAGGGAACAGGUUUCAGCAACACCCCAAAUCACCAAGUCAGAACAGGAUAAUCAUCCUGGUAUCAAAUUACAGAUCGCCCCGAUCCCUAGAAUAAACGGAAUGCCGGAAGUGCAAGACAUGAAGCUUAUCACUCCUGUACGGCGUUCAGCCAGGAUCGAGCGAGCAGUGUCCCGCUACCCGGAAAUGCUGCAGGAACAUGACCUAGUGGUGGCUUCUCUCAACGAACUGUUAGAAGUGGAAGAGACAGAGUGUUUUAUAUUCCGCAAAAAUGAGGCUUUGCCGGUAACAUUAGGGUUUCAAGUCCUUGAAUCGUAAUUUCUUGAUUUUUUUUUUUAAAAAAGACAUUUCAGAGCCUCCACAAGACAAGAAAUGCACUUACCUGGGUGGCCUGGGAGAAACUGUAAUAGAGGGGCAUCGUGGGUGCAGACUGUGGGCCCAGGGCCUGGGAAGUAACUCCCUGGGCUUCCUCUCCGAUUUUACACCCCCAGGGGAGCGUCUGGUUACUUAAGACUGUAGUUUGCCCCAGCUUUACAGCACACAGAAAUCUCAAACUUUGAAAAUUAACUUACCCCACAAGUAUGGUAACAAUUUGAAUUUUAUUGACCUGCCUUAAUCCCAACAUAGUUAUUUUUUAUAUCAGGAGGUCAAUUCCACAAUAUGAUAGACUUUCCUUCCUGCAUCCACCUUAGCAGAGAGGGCAAAUCCUUCCAGCAUGGAAGAUCUGAGUGUAGAAACUAGCCUUCCCCGCUAGGUGGGACGUGACAGACCAUCUGGUCAGAUCCUCUCAUUCUGCAGCUGAGUUUAUGCUGGCUGUGCCUUUCGCUCAGAGAUCACAGAUGACUUUUAUGUGUGAUCUUUGACUUCCGUCACAGAUCCUUGGAGAUGAGAGGUAAUUCACAUCCUUUCUGGGCCUGGCCUCCUUAAUGAUACACAAUCCUGCACUGGAGUGGUCAUCUAGCUUUUUAUAUUCAAACCUAAUUUUGCAUUUGUUAUUGAGAAAUGCUUCAAAUAAAAACAAAAGGGAGCAGCAGACAGGGGCGGGGAGAGGACCCUUGCCUCUUCAGUUCUUUGCUCUGCUAGGGGACACCUGGCCUGAGAAGACAUCUGAGCCCCAGAGACUAUCAUAGGUCGCCUUUCCUUCCUCCUGGGCAGCUGCCUGUGGAAAGGUAAAAUCAGAAUCGUUGUGUAAAUAUAAUGUAUAGGAAAACCUAGUCGAUGUAUUUGAGAUUUUAGUUUUCUUAAUACUUAUGUAUCAUCUAAAAAACAAUUGACUUUUA